CAAAUCAGUUCACUUGGGCAAAGCAGGGGUCGGUUAAGGAGCAAUCAUCAAAGGAAGGGCCUUUUUAAUUUUCUCGUGGCAACGAUCUCAUCUACGUGUCACACAAUACUCAAAAUCCCUCAAACUCCGGCGAACGAUGUACCGUACGGCGGCGAAGCGUCUUCUCGGCGGUGGUGGUGCUUUUACAGCCACCCGCCUCCUCCGAUUUCCCAAGCUCAGGUCCACGAUCAUCCCUUCCUAUUACACUUCCGGUCUCUGCACUUCGUCGGUGGGUGGUAAUGCUGAAUCGCCGAUGGGUGGUAAUCAGUCUGUUAACCCUAAUCAAUCGGGUCACACGGCGUCUUCUUCUUCAACGAGUACAGGGGAAGGACCACGUCGAGAUGAGAGCAGGAAGCCGAGAGCUGAGUUUCAGGAAGAGCAGGCUCGUGUUCUCUCUGCGUCUCUCCGUCAUGUGCCGAGAUUAGGUUGGACUGAGGAAGCGAUGAUGGCUGGUUCAAGGGAUGUUGGUGUGUCUCCUUCCAUUGUUGGCUCUUUCUCCAGGAAAGAAGCUGCACUUGUUGAGUUCUUCAUGGAUGAAUGCCUUCAGCUGCUUAUGGAUAAAAUAGAUUCUGGAUUGGAUUUGCAAAACCUGAUUCCAAGUGCACGCAUUGCCAAGCUCAUUAGAAUUCGCCUAGAAAUGCAACUCCCUUACAUGUCGAAAUGGCCCCAAGCUCUAAGCAUCCAAGCGCAUCCUCUGAAUGUUGCAACGAGUUUUAAGCAACGGGCAAUGUUAGUUGAUGAGGUAUGGCAUGCUGUUGGGGAUGGAGCCUCAGAUUUAGAUUGGUAUGUCAAGCGCACUAUUCUUGGAGGUGUUUACUCAACCACUGAGAUUUACAUGCUCACGGAUGACUCUUUAGAACAUCGCGAUACAUGGGCAUUCUUGGAUGACAGAGUCAAAGAUGCUUUUGAUCUGAAGAAGAGCAUACAAGAGGCCAAGUAUUUUGCACAAGACAUAGGAGCUGGAGUUGGGAAAUCAGUUCAAGGACUAAUGAAUGGAGUUAUGCAGACGAUGUCCAGAAGAAGUGGUGGCUCGACGUUUUGAAAGAUCACACGUUUAGACAUGAUUCAGCUUCAUUUUGUUUAGAACUCUCCAAUAUUUUAAGUUGGGAUAUGCUAUAAUAAUGAUAUGAACAUGUAUGACUUGAAGUAAAAGGGAUAUGAACUAUAGAUAUUAUCUUCUACGUUUGAAUAAACCAUUGAGUUUGGAAUCUUGA